CUUCUCAUCUACCCACAAGACACUUUGAGAAACUGGAGCUCAAGAUAAGAAGCAAUGUUCUUCCUGUUUUGGUUGUUGUGAGCCCUGAGAAGCUGCCAGCUGGGUGACAAGCAAGGACUUUUCAUCUUGUGGGAACCAUUGCCAGGCUCUGCUUGCGAGCGCUUCUCAGACUGUUCCUCUUGGCAUCCCAGUUGCUAUGGGCAGCAGGGGCCUGUCCCUGCUCGCAGUUCUCAGCAUCCCACUGGCUUUGUCAGGAUCCGAGGCAAAGAAUUCCGGAGCUCUCUGUCCUUCGUGCCCUGAACAUGCUGACUGCUACAACAGCACCCACUGUGCUUGCAAAAGUGGAUUUCAGUCUGUGCCUGCGGGGAGAUACUUCAAGUCCCAUGGAAAAUGUGAAGAUAUUAAUGAGUGUCAGACUGGGCUGGCAAAGUGCAAGCAGGAAGCAUAUUGCAGAAAUGAAAUUGGAAGUUACUACUGCAGCUGUGUCUCGAAUUAUCCUGUCUUCAACUGGGUGGCUGGUAUCAUUAAACUGGAUCGUUCAGAUUGUUAUGAGGCUACUCCUGAGAAGCCACAGAUACCAGGGAACAUUUGGCAAAAUCUGAGGAACAAUGGAAGCAAAAAGCACAUUGCCAAAAAAGUGACCCAGCUACUUCAAAACAUGGAAUUGACCAUAUGGAACGAGAGUUUUAUUUCUCCAGGAAAGGGUAAAAAUCCCGCACUUGACAUAGUCUAUGAAACCAAGAGGUGCAAUGGGACCAGUGAGAAGGCUAUUCUGGAGGCUGGAAAUAACACAAUGGAUAUCGACUGCACUGAUGUUUUCAAAGGAACCUCAAGAGGUAGGAAUGCAGUUGCGCUGAUCACUUAUCAAUCCCUUGGGGAUAUUCUCAAUGGAUCCUUUUUCAGUGACCGAAGAGGGCCAAAGGAAGUCAAAAUAAACUCUCAAGUGAUAAGCGGCUCCAUUGGGGUGAAGGAAAAUGUUAACCUAGCAAAACCAGUGUUCCUGACCUUCCAGCACACUCGGCCUGUUGAAGGGAGAAGAAAAUAUAUUUGUGUCUACUGGAAAGGAUCAGAGGAGGGGGGCAGCUGGUCAACUGCAGGCUGCUCUCACUUGGGCAGCAAUGAUUCUCACACAAGAUGCAAAUGCUACCACCUCUCCAGCUUUGCCGUCCUCAUGUCUCUUGCUCCCAAGGAGGAUCCCGUGCUGACCGUGAUCACCUACGUGGGGCUUAGCCUCUCUCUGCUGUGCCUGCUCCUGGCCGCCCUCACCUUCCUCCUGUGUCGAUCCAUCCAGAACACCAGCACCUCCCUCCACCUGCAGCUCUCCAUCUGCCUCUUCCUGGCCCACCUCCUCUUCCUUACAGGGAUUGAUCAAACCGAGCCUGAGGUGCUGUGCUCGGUCAUCGCAGGUAUGUUGCAUUAUCUCUACUUGGCCGCCUUCACCUGGAUGCUCCUUGAAGGUCUCCACCUCUUCCUCACUGUCAGGAACCUCAAGGUGGCCAACUACACCAGUGCAGGCAGAUUCAAGAAGAGAUUCAUGUACCCUUUUGGCUAUGGGAUCCCAGCAGUGAUUGUGGCCAUAUCUGCUAUAGCAGGACACAGAAAUUAUGGAACGUAUACUCACUGCUGGCUGAAGAUUGAUAAAGGGUUCAUCUGGAGCUUCAUGGGGCCAGUGGCACUCAUUGUCUUGAUAAACUUGGUGUUCUACUUCCAAAUUCUGUGGAUUUUGAGAACCAAACUUUCCUCUCUCAAUAAAGAAGUUUCCACCAUUAAGAAUACCAGAAUCAUGACCUUGAAAUCCAUCGCUCAGCUGUUUAUCCUGGGAUGUUCUUGGGGUCUUGGUUUUUUUAUGGUGGAAGAAGUUGGGAAGACAGUGGGAUCAAUCAUUGCCUACACAUUCACCAUCAUCAAUAUCCUGCAGGGGGUUUUGCUUUUUGUGGUAUACUGUCUCCUUAAUCUCCAGGUGCAAAUGGAAUUCAAGAAAUGGUUUCAUGGGUUGUGGAAAGGGAUUGAAACUGAAAGCACUGAGGUAUCACGCUCUACGAACCACACCAAAAUGGAGAAACUAGAGACGUCAUCGGAAAUCUUUUGCAGAAGAGACCCUGCAUCAUCUGUCCAACCACCGCCUGGGGUUCAGCUUGUUACUGUGUCUUGGGUGAGAGCAGAAAGCUGAGCUGCACAUGGACGGCAUCCCCUUGUGGUCACACACGGAUCGGACACAUGCCACCUGCUACCUUUCCCGUGAAAAAUGAAUUCUGUCUCCACAGAAAGAAAGGGGAACAUGGGGGGAAUUCUUAGAUCCAGAGUCCAGUAUUGUAUGGGACGUGCAAUUAAGUUCUCAAGAAUCCUUCGUAAUGAUGAGGGAAAUAAGUGGAUUUUCUUCUUCCAGCCUUUACCACCUUGCCCAAGACGAAUUGGCGGACCUCUGGAUUCAGCGUACUGAUUCUCCUUUGGUCUUUCUGUUGCAUUUUAUACUCCCAGACAUCUUGCAUUACUUGACAUCUGCAUAAUUCAAUAAUUCUCAUGUGAAUUAAUGUGAAAAAGGGGGGUGGCAUUCUUGUGAUGUGAAAAUACAUCACCAACCCCGCUUAAAGAUGAAUUGUCACUGGGAGGGAUUUUGUAAUCAGGUCACUAGCAACUUCCCAUUUUCAUGGCCUGAUAACUUUUUGAACCUCCUCUCUGCCCUGGUUAAAGAUAAUUUUGUUUUCUUAGUGUCAUCUCCAACAUGUCCUGUUAUAAAGCCUCCCAAACAAAAACAGCAUGGUCUGUCACAGAAGUGAUUGAUCUUAUUCGUUCUGUUCUACUGUUUGUAAUUUCUUUUCCAAACACAUCUUAGGUGUGUUUUUCAGUGCUCGAAUGAAUAAAUGCAUGAAUAACUUUGUUACCAGACAGUGUUUUAAAUACCGUUUUUUUGGCUGCACCUGUGGCAUGCAGAAAUUCCCAGGCCACGGACUGAACUCGAGCCACAGCAGUGACAACACCAGAUCCUUAACCCACUGAGCCACCAGGGAACUCCUAAAAACCAUUUUAAAUUACAAUGACAGUAAAUUUUAAAAUAGCAGCCAAGAGUUACCUUAAUUCAUUUGAAAAGAUUGUGUGUGCAUUAUUUAAAGUUAUGGACAAAAGAUUUUGUUGCUUUUCUGCUUAACCAGCUCAGCUGUCUCCUCCAUAUGGUAGCAGUAUAACCGGAGUUUAUGAUUCACUCCAUUUGCUGGCUUUGAAAUUUUUUGAUUCUUUUUGAAAAGUUAACAGGGAGAGUCCCAUGGUUUCAAAAUAUGUGCCGACAGUGUGACUUUUUUUUUUUUUUUCAUUUUUUUUGUCUUUUUAGGCCCACACUGGUGGCAUAUGGAGGUUCCCAGGCUAGGGGUCAAAAUGGAGCUACUGCUGCUGACCUACAUCACAGCCACAGUAAAGCUGGAUCCUUAACCCACUGAGUGAGGCCAGGGAUCGAACCUUCGUUCUCAUGGAUACAAGUCGGAUUCGUUUCUGCUAAGCCAUGGCGGGAACUUCCUAGAGUGACUUUUUAAUAUUGUGCAAUUUCAAAUUUGCACAGAUGAAACUUGCAUAAAAUGACACACUUUUUCAGGAGGACGAUUUGGCACUAAAUCUCCAAAUUUAAUAUGUCCAUAAUCCUUUCUUUUUUUUUUUUUUUUUUUUUUUUUUUUUUUGGUCUCACUUGUGGCAUAUGGAAUUUCCCAGGCCAAGGAUCAAAUCCAAGCUACAGCUGCGACCUACGCCACAGACAUAGCAAAGCUGGGUCCUUAGCCCACUGCAACGGUCUGGGGAUGGAACUUGUGCCUCCACAGAGGCAAUGCUGGAUCCUUAAGCUGCUGUGCCACAGCAGGAACUCCCUUUUGCUAGGAAUUUAUCCGAGGGAUAUUGUGAUAAGUGUGGCUUAGAAAUACAAGGUCAUGGGAUAUAGAAAUGCAGGUGGAUGGGGUAUGUUCCCUCACCCUGAUUUGCUGUGAUGUAUCAGAUGGAGGAAAAAGGCAUACUUUGUAUAUGAACUGUUACCUUAAACCUGUAAACACAGUUACAAACCACUAAGCUGCCACACACUAGGAUAAACCAAGGCUGAUCCCCACCUGCCAUCCCGCACUGGAAAACAAUAGCAUUUGACUCCCUGUGUCUCUCUGGUGUGUACUGGACUAUUUUGUGAAUGCCCCCAGGUCACCAAGGCUCUCUCACUGCUGAGGGCAAAGAGCAUCCAUGAGCAAAGGACUGCUUGGAAGCAUCAGUUGGGAGCAAACAGUGGCUAAAAGCCAAAAAAACUGAUCAUCCUUUGAAUGAGGCAGCACAGGGUUCGGUUGACUCUCGUCGUGCUUAAUUGCUCAUUUUGCUGAUUGUUUGUUAAAUAGUUGAGUGAGAAUAAGCGUGUCUAUGGCAAGCCAACGUCAGCGGCUCACAAUUUUUUGGGUCGCCUUUUUAUUUUGACAUUUUGGGCUCUUUGCUGUAACCCAAGCCAAAAAUCUAAAUGAAAGACUCUUAUGUAUAAUACUUGGCAUUUGGUCUAAAUAGGACAGACUUAUUCCAAAACAUUGGGUAAUGACAAUCCAUUACAAUCCAUCAGGACUGUUUAAAUAAUAUGUUGUUUAUUUUUUUAGAUUACAUUUUUUUCUUUUUUCAUUUUUUUUAAAUUAAAGUAUAGUCGAUUCACAGUUUUGUGCCAAUUUCUGCUGUAAAGCAAAGUGACCCAGUCAUACAUAUAGAUACAUUCUUUUUUCACCUAUCAUCUCCCAUCAUGUUCUAACCCAAGAGAUUGGACACAGGUCCCUGUGCUGUACAGCAGGACCUCAUUGCCCAUCCAUCCUAAAUGUAAUAGUUUGCAUCUACUAACCCCAAACUCCCAAUCCAUCCCAUUCCUGCCCCUCCCCCUUGGCAACCACCAGUCUGUUCUCCAUGUCUGUGAGUCUGUUUCUAUUCUGUAGAUGGGUUCAUUUGUGCCAUAUUUUAGAUUCCACAUAUAAGUGACAUCAUAUGGUAUUUGUCUUUCUCUUCCUGACUUACUUCACUUAGUAUAAAAAUCUCUGGUUGUAGCUAAAUAAUUUAUGACGUAUCCACGCACUGUUAUAAAGAUACACAGUCAGGUUUUUAAAAUGAGACAUAUUUUCAUGUACUUUUUUAUUGGCUACACCCAUAGCAUGUGGAAGUUCCUGGGCUAGGUAUCAAAUCCUUGCCACAGCAGUGACAACACCAAAUCCUUAACCCCUAGGCCACAAGGGAACUCCUUCAUGUGCUCUUAAUAAAAAGACCUCCAAGGUAUAGGUGUCAAGUGCAAUAAAAAUAAAAGCCUAUGUGAUUCACUGAUUAUAGCAUGGUCCCUUCUCUGUUAAAAAAAAAAAGUUUACAAAUAGGCAAAUUUUACAGUGUCACUUCCCAUCAAAAAUGUUGAGUGAAUUGAAGAAAAACCCUCCCUUUGCUCCAAGCAGAUAGCAUGACAGAUAUUAUGUCCCAAAUAUAUAUUAAAAAUACAACCCACAUUACAAACAAAAAUAAAGGAGUUCCCAUUGUGGCUCAGUAAUAACAAACUCGACUAGUAUCCAUGAGGAUGCAGGUUUGAUCAAUGACCUUGCUCAGUGGGUUAAGGAUCCAGUGCUGCCAUGAGCUGCUGUGUAGGUCACAGAUGUGGCUCAGACCCAGUGUUGCUGUGGCUAUGGUGUAGGCCUGCAGCUGCAGCUCCAACUCCACCCCUAGCCUGGGGAAUUCCCUAUGUGGCAGGUGUGGCCCUAAAAACUAAACUAAAAUAAAAUAAAAACAAACAAAAUAAGCAUCUCUUCGCACUGGACAUGGAAAUUGGAUGCCUGGGGGCUGAAACCAUGGGGACAAGAAAUAACACCUGCUGGGAACUAGCUCCUGGAAAAAAAAAAUGGAAAAAGCAAACUUCUUGGGUGGUUGACAAGUCUUUGUGUUUAAGUCUCCCUGAUGUUGCUGUUAUUCUCUGAUCCAGGACAGUUGCAAAAAGACAGAAUAAACAAGCCAGAUAUUCUAGGUGUGCUGGCUUGGACCUCUCUCUAUCCACUAUUUCUUCUCCCUUCCAACAUAAAGCCUGUCAUAGUUCUUUUUUCUUCUCUGCUUCUCUCAACCUUUUGGAUUCAUCAAGAACUAGCGUGGCAUCUACUUCCUGCAAGAACCCUCAUUGAAAUUCAUCUCCUUUAUUUUAUUUCGGUCCUUAUGGGAUGACUUAACAUCUACAUUUUGUUGGCUGUUUUACAAAUGAUGUGUCUGCUUGUACAUCAUGCCUUUCUGGAUGAUAAACUGCCUGAAGCCAAGUAUGAAAGAGAUAAUAAAAUGUUUCCUGCCUCCA